AUGGGUUCUCUCCUCGAAGGAAUAGACGACCAUGUCGCCGUUUUCAUGUCACUUCCCGCUAUUGUUCUGUUUUUGAUUGUCGUUGGAUGCGUUUGGGGAUAUUUUCGACCAUCCACACGUCCUAGACAAAGUACCCAGUCUUCGACGAGAAUUAGAAGUGUGAGUAAUUCGGAUUAUGAUUGCCCGAUAUGUAUGGAAUUCCCGUCACUCAUGAUUGAGACGAACUGUGGUCAUCGAUUUUGUGCUGAGUGUUUUAUUCUUCAUUGGAAACGGACAAUAUAUUCACGUGUCAUAUCCUGUCCUAUGUGUCGUGGACGAGUAAAUUUGUGAUCACAAUUUAUGGACGGCUUAUAAUGUCUUAUUUAUUACUCUUAGUCAAAAUUUAUAUCUUCGUAGUUCAUUGAUCUUUUUUUUAAUGAACAAUAAAUGAUCCUUCUUUCAAUCUAAUUUAUGUUUGAAAUAAUAUAUUGCGGAUAAAAUCAUUUUUAGGAAAGCCUGUUUUUAGAUAACGCGUUUACGUUGUGAAGAUUAAUAUAUUAUUAUUAACAUGUUUAAGUGUUGCUUUUAACUAUUUACUAUUCUGCAGUGUGAUUCUCAAGUAUUAAAUGUGCUAACAUUGUAAUCAUUGAUGUUGUAUGUUCAGAAGCUGACUGUAUGCUCAUUGGACUUUUCCUUCUGUCUUACAUUGUUGCGAAUUUCCAGAUUCAUGAUUAUCGUAUCCGAUAUCCAACUAUUAUUUCAUGUUCCAACUCUGUUCUCUUUACGAAGGUUUCUACAUUGAUUCAGUAAAAUUAGUUUUUACAUAAUUCGUGGGGCUCAUAACUGAAGAUUUUAUGAAUUCAAUAAACUGUCAAGUUCAUACAUUAUUGUUUAAAUACACCUAUACUUGUCUCGAGUUCAUUUUUAUCUAGGCUAACCGAAUUUAUUUGAUAAUCACAAAUAGAAUAACUAACCGUUUGUGUAUGUUAACUGUGUU